GCUAGGCGGCAGCAGCCCGCAGAGGCUCAGCGCAGGGCCGCAUCAGGAAGAGACCGUUGACGUUGUUGCGCCUUGCUAGAUGAUUGGCGAGGUAAGAUGGCGGCGCCAGAGGAGCCAGAAUUAUCUCAGGCGCAGACUGAAAAACUCCUUCAAUUUCAGGACCUAACUGGUCUGGAGUCCAUGGACCAAUGUCGUCGAACAUUAGAACAGCAUAAUUGGAACAUAGAGGCUGCAGUACAAGACAGGCUUAACGAGCAGGAAGGAGUACCCAGUGUGUUUAACCCUCCGCCAUCCAGACCCUUACAGGUCAAUACAGCAGACCACAGAGUAUAUAGUUACAUCGUCUCAAGGCCACAACCCAGGGGACUACUAGGAUGGAGCUACUACUUGAUAAUGCUACCUUUCAGAUUUACAUAUUACACACUUCUGGAUAUAUUCAGGUUUGCCCUGCGGUUUGUCAGGCCAGAUCCUCGCGGCCGUGUGACAGAUCCUGUUGGCGAUGUUGUGUCCUUCAUUCAUAGCUUUGAGGAGAAGUACGGUCAAUCACACCCUGUAUUUUACCAGGGAACAUACAGCCAGGCACUGAAUGAUGCCAAACGGGAACUUCGCUACCUAUUAGUGUACCUUCACGGGGAGGAUCAUCAAGACACUGACCAGUUUUGCCGCUCUACACUAUGUACAGAAGAGGUCGUAACCUUCCUCAACACACGUAUGCUCUUUUGGGCAUGCUCAACCAGCAGGCCUGAGGGCUACAGAGUGUCCCAGGCUUUGCGAGAGAACACCUAUCCAUUCCUGGCCAUGAUAAUGCUGAAGGACCGCAAAAUGACGGUGGUGGGCCGGCUCGAGGGUCUCAUUCAGCCAGAGGACCUCAUCAAUCAGCUCAACUUCAUUAUGGAGGCCAACCAAACACAUCUGAUGUCUGAGCGCAUGGAACGGGAGGAGAGGAACCAGACCCAGGUGCUGAGGCAGCAGCAGGAUGAAGCCUACCAGGCUUCUCUCCUUGCCGACCAGGAGAAGGACCGAAAGAAAAGAGAGGAGGAGGAGCAGGUGAGGCAGGAGGAGGAGAAGGCCCAACAGAGUGUUCUGGCAGAGGAGCGGAGACAACGGACGCUGGAAGAGGAGAAGGAGAGGAAGUCUGAAUGUCUUCCCCCAGAGCCGCUGGCAGAUGAUCCAGAAAGUGUCAAAAUAGUGUUUAAGCUGCCCAACGAUACACGAGUAGAGCGACGAUUCCUCUUUGGGCAGUCUCUGACGGUAAUAUACGACUUCCUCUUCUCUUUGAAAGAAAGCCCGGAGAAGUUUCAGAUAAUUACCAACUUCCCUCGCCGCGUCUUGCCCUGCCUUCCGACUGAAGAGCAGCCCAACCCCCCCACACUGAAGGAGGCGGGACUCAGCCGCUCUGAGGUCCUUUUUGUUCAGGACCUUACGGACGAUUAAUAGAUGACAUACCUCCUGUACAAUGGAAUUACAUUUUCCUCCAAUGCCCACCCACCUCCUCCUUUUUUUUCUUUUUACUUAUUUUGUUAAAUGGCCGUUAUGCACAAGGAUCAUUGAGAUAAAAUCAUAACCUGGAAAGAUUUAACCACCCUGCAUCCAGUCCAUUGUCUGGUUGUGUGUACGGGGUUCCCAAUAGCCUGGAAAGUCUUGAAUUUUAUCAAAUAAAUAUUUCUUGAAGUCCUUCCUUGAGCUCAUCUUUGUAUCCGGGGGAACCAAGACAUUUGUUUUCCAUUGUCUGUAUUAGCUACCAGUUAACUCCUGUCCUUCCUCACCGGUAACUGUUGCAGAAAAGGAUUAAUCUUCUACUGAAAAUACUGAAGCAGUGGCAAGGCUUUGUGCACAACCAGAACUACAUCCCAAAUUACUUAACGUCUGGGCACCUGAGGAAGGCAGGCUGUAUUAAUACUUACUGACACACACAGGAUGCAUCGUGGGAAGGCAGGGGUUUCUAUGAUGGUGUGACUGCCUUGGCUACUUUAAUUUCAAAGACUUCAUGUUUGAUCCAUGUGUACCAAUUCAACAUCCCUUUUGCCCUUCAGUUUGCACGUUUACUCCACACUGAUUUUCGAACUCUGUACUGCUCUAAAUUAGGGACGGUGUUACACUGUCAGUCUAUGUGGUUUGGAGAGCAAAUGUACAACAUCAGGGAGCAGGUGGUUGGAUUUGGAUAUGAAUUAUGGGAACCCUGUUUUAAAUGAGCCAUGAUAUGUACAUAAGUUAGAUAUUUAAAAACCCAACAUUUACCUUGAAUUUUGUUUUGUUUUUUAAAAUCAUCUGUGUCAUGCAAUGGCACAGAUGCAAGUUGGUUACUAUGUGAAAGCAGACUGUGUCAAGCUCAUGAAAUUUAAAAAUAUGUAACAAAGGCCACAGCUUUUCCAUGUGGCUCUAUCUAGUAUAGUACGAGUCUGCCCAUAGUGUGCCUGUGGUGACUCAUAGAUGCCUGAUUUGCCUGUACCAUCAAAAUGGGCUCAUGUAAAGAUGUAAUUUUCCAACUAUAAAUUAAAAACCUUUUAAAAAU